ACAUUACUCAUUUCAGUGAAUAUAUUCAUUGAACUAGUUUAUUCUGCUCUGCUUAUCAAACAAAAAAAGUUUAUCAAACAAUUUUAAUCAAAUCUCAAGGAAAACAAUAAACAAUUGAAAUAGACAAGACCGUGUUGGUUUCAAAUAAAUGACAACAUAAACCAUUUGCGGGAAAUGAAUCAUUAAUAAAGCAAAACCAAACGUGAAACACCCACAACUCUCUUUUUUGUGAUACUUCGCUACUUCACUUGAUAAUUGUGUUAUCUUCUGCUUCUGCCUACUUCACUUUUUCCACGCAGACGAAGCGAAAAUAGGGCGUUUACAACACACUGCAUUGCAAAGACAAGUUGUUGCUCGAAUCCUGCCAAGAAAUAAUCUUUGAUUUCUAAAAUUUUCUUGUAAUUCAAUUUUAUUUUAAAACCAUCAAAAUUGCUACUCUACCUUCGUUGGUGACUAACAACAGCAACGCCUCUGGCAGCGUUUGCAGUAAUAAUGCCAAGGCGACCAAUUGUUUAGUUCCUGUUACACGUGCUUUGGAGUCGAAACUCCAAAUCUCAGCCAAUCCUUGUGACGAACUCGUUUUGCGUACCAAUUCCACCAAUAUGUCGGGUGAUCAGAAAACUUUAAUUAAAGGUCACAGUUCCCAGUAUGUGAAAUUAAAUGUGGGUGGACGUUUGUAUUAUACGACAAUUGGAACGCUGACCAAACACAAUGACACCAUGUUGAGUGCCAUGUUUAGUGGUCGCAUGGAAGUGCUAACAGAUUCGGAAGGCUGGAUAUUAAUCGAUCGCUGUGGUAAAUUCUUUGGCACUAUUCUCAACUAUUUGCGGGAUGGUUCGGUGCCAUUGCCAGAAUCUCAUCGUGAAAUAGCCGAACUCCUGGCCGAGGCAAAGUACUAUUGUAUUACCGAGUUGGCUAUGUCCUGCGAAAGGGCGCUAGUGGCCCAUCAAGAACCCAAACCGAUUUGUCGUAUACCCCUGAUAACAUCGCAGAAAGAGGAACAAAUGCUAAUAAGUUCAUCGUCAAAGCCUGCUGUUAUAUUGGUGGUACAACGUCAGAAUAACAAGUAUUCCUACACCAACAAUUCGGACGACAAUUUACUUAAAAAUAUUGAACUUUUCGAUAAACUGUCGUUGCGUUUUAACGAACGCAUACUCUUCAUAAAGGAUGUCAUUGGACCAAGUGAAAUAUGUUGCUGGUCGUUUUAUGGUCAUGGCAAAAAGGUGGCCGAGGUAUGCUGUACUUCCAUAGUGUAUGCCACCGAUCGUAAGCAUACCAAAGUAGAGUUCCCCGAGGCAAGGAUCUAUGAGGAAACUUUGCAGGUUCUACUCUAUGAGAAUCGUAAUGCCCCAGAUCAGGAGCUACUGCAGGCCACAUCUUCGGUGCGCAAUCCAUCGGGCGGUGGGUCUUCAUCGGGGGCCUCGGGAGCCGGUUCCAGUGGCAUGCAUCAAUACACCAGCGAUGAGGAAGAAGAACGUACGGGCCUAGCACGUUUGCGUUCGAAUAAACGUAACAAUCCCACAUGAUUUGUAACCCAUUAUGUGGUGCGACCGCGUCCAAUUCUUCCCUAACUAUGGCGGACAAGUGGUAGUGAUAGUGCAUAAUGCUUGACCACUUGCAAAUACCAACUAAAGGAUAAUACUAAAUGCAGCAACCUUAGGCAUAGUUGUAACCGCAUCAUUAGAUCAAACGAUGGAUAGAAUGAUGGCUGGCGGCAGGGAAGAUACAACUCAAUAUUCUAAAAUAUCAUUUAUUAUAAUCAUUAAAUCAAUAUAUUUUUUUCUUUUUUUAUAAAUGUACUGAAAAUGUAGCAAUGGCGCUUAUUUGGUACAUUUACUUACAAAAAAAAAAAAAAAAACUGUAGAACAAAAUAUAAUUCCGGAUUUACAUACAGCACAUUUUACACCGUAGUUUUCGGUAGAGAACUACAAAGACAUAUUUCCUUCUUUAACUUAAAAGAGAGUUGAAAUUUCAUUUUCUGUGCCUCGAUCCGGGUUAAUUUUUGCAGUUUUUUUCCCCACAGACAUACACACGCAUCCACACAUUAUAUUAUCACAAUACACAUUUAUUUUUAUACUUAU